GCAAUCUUUCAUCUUUUUUUUUUUACGAAUUUACCCUCCAUAUUUCGCCCAAAUCUUUAACCCAAGUCCCCCGUUUUCCCAACAGAUUCUAACAGCAGUCAAAGAUCCUCUUCUCUUACCUGAUAAAAAAUUUUGCCUUCCAACAACUUCUCCUCACUCUCUCCUUCCUGUUUUCCCUCCCUCAUGUGAUACUCACAUGCAAGUCCCGGCACCGAGGAGCGAGGAAUUUUCGUCCUGUAUGGAUUUGACGGAAGAAGUCGGAGAGAGCUCGUCGCCGCCGAGGAGCUUGGGUAACUCCAGUGUCUCCGAUUUGAAGAAUGAUAUCUACAAUCGCUUGGUGGAAAACGGCAACGAGGAGGCUCUGUUUAACCCUGACUUCCGCGACCAGUUGGAUGCUCACUUUAAUCGCCUGCCUCCGAGUUAUGGAUAUGAUAACAUGGAUAGAGUUGAAGAUUUUGUGUUACAUAUGCAACUUCUUGCGAAAGCAAAAGACCCAAAGCAGCAGCCUGUGUAUCAUAUUCGUUUUGUGGAGAAACUCACAAAAGCAGAAAGUAGUUGUGAGCAACAAUCUGCAACUUCUUUUUCUUCUCUAAGUCCAUUUGAUGAUGAUGAUAAUGAAGGAGUUGUGCAAUCACGUAAAAGAACGAAGGAGUGUGUCGACUUUGAACCUUGCUCUAAGCUCGAGGAUCUAAAUUUGGAUGUCAGAAAGAAUUGUAAAGGUGUAGAGGAAAGAUGUCUUGCAGAGAACUUUACUCAAAGGCAAAAAGAUGUACAUAUUCAUGAAGUGAUAUUUUCUACUGUGGACAAACCAAAGCUUCUCAGUCAGCUUUCUGCCUUGCUUUCUGAUAUAGGACUCAAUAUUCGUGAAGCUCAUGUAUUCUCAACCACUGAUGGCUACUCAUUGGAUGUAUUUGUGGUAGACGGGUGGGAUUCCGAGGAAACUGAUCGUUUUGAUGAGGAAAUGAGAAAUGCAGUUGCUCGAAGUGAGGGUUCAUGGUCUGGAUCUUCACAUUCUUGUUCAGCUACUGAUGCAGCAUUGGCGCCAUCAAAAUCUGGAGAUUGGGAAAUAGAUAUUGGAUUAUUGAAGACAGGAAAAAGAAUUGCAUCAGGAUCUUGUGGAGAUUUAUAUCAUGGUUUCUAUCAUGGUCAAGAUGUUGCUGUUAAAAUUCUUAGAUCUGAGCAUUUGAAUGAUGCCGUACAAGUUGAGUUUGCUCAAGAGGUGGAAAUAUUAAGACAGGUAGAGCAUCCAAAUGUUGUUCAUUUUAUUGGUGCCUGUACAAAGUCUUCAGAUUUGUGUAUUGUGACAGAGUAUAUGUCUGGGGGAAGUCUGUAUGAUUAUCUGCAUAAGAACCAUAACAUCUUGACGCUCUCUGAGCUGCUAAAGUUUGCCAUUGAUGUUUGCAAGGGGAUGGAGUAUUUGCAUGAAAAAAAUAUAAUUCAUAGGGACCUCAAGACAGCAAAUUUGCUAAUGGAUAGCAACAAUGUUGUUAAGGUAGCAGACUUUGGUGUUGCUCGGUUCCAGAACCAAGGAGGAAUAAUGACUGCAGAAACUGGGACAUACAGAUGGAUGGCACCCGAGGUCAUAAACCAUCAACAAUAUGAUCAGAAAGCAGAUAUAUUCAGUUUUGCUAUUGUGCUUUGGGAGCUAGUUACAGCAAAGAUUCCAUAUGAAACCAUGACUCCACUCCAAGCUGCCUUGGGAGUGAGACAGGGACUGCGCCCAGAGCUACCAGAAGAUGCACAUCCAAAACUCCUGGACUUGAUGCAGAGAUGUUGGGAAACAGUUCCUGAUAGACGACCUUCCUUCUCCAAGAUACUAGUGGAACUUGAGAAACUUAGCGAAGAAAUACAGGAAACGUCAGAAGCAGUGAAUGGACAAUGAAACAUUUGGUAUCUAGUUGCAUGAUAAGCAUGUAUGAAGAUUUUUGUUUUCAAAUCUUCUUGUAGUUAUACAAGUUUUAUCAUGUAUAACCGAGGUAAAACGAAUUCCACGAAGGCUGUACCAUACAGAACUAGAACAUGAACAUAGAAUGCGAUUUCUAUUUGUUUUGUUCUUUUGGACUGUUAGGAAAUGCAUUUGGACUUCAUCCUCCCUAUGUUCAUUUUCCCCGGUUUUGUACAUCAAACAACACAAGAAAAUUAUUUUCUUUUU